AUGGAUUUGGCUUCUGUAGCUUCAAGUUAAACGGGACGAAGGAAUUCCCGCAACAUAGAGUAAUUUGCUCAGCACUAGAAACACAGUGAAUACGUGGUGGUCCUGAGUUAAUUAGACCACGAAAACGAUUUUUUAUCUUUGAAGUCUGCUUCGAAUAUCAUUUUGCAAUUUGAACUGAUUUUGAAGCGGUGCUUCUUUGAGAUUAACCAUGUGCUUUUGGGUCAUCAGGCUAUAUUACCGAUCAUUUAUCAUGCGAUUCUGCUAUUUGAAUUCAUCCAGCUUUUGUUCUUCAUAUUUUAUAAGGUGGAGGUAGUUAACGAAUUCACCUACUCUAGUUAUUAUCAUGAUUUGGAGGGAGUAUCAAAUCAGACCAAUAGCUCUACAACUAUUGAUGCUGAUGCUAAGUUCAGUACCUUCAGAAUUGAUUAUUACUUUGCUUUUACCAACUUUCAUAUGUAUAUUCUUCAAUAGCAGUCCAAGGAUGCUUUCAUGAUGUUUCAUAUCGUAAUUACAGUCAGCUUUUUGCUUUAUGUGAUUUCAAUUAUAACGCUUUCGAAGCAGAUAUUUAAAGACGAGAGAAAUGACUCACUUAAAGAGGGAAUGAAAUAUCUUGUAAAAUUCUUCUCAAUCCUAAUGACUGUAUUUCUGUUUAUACUUUAGAUUCCUAUGAUCACUAUCUAUCUUCAGGGUUAUCUAUGUGAAGAAGAUGAGAGUUAACCUUAUACUCUGAUUGGGCUUAAAUGCUAUAGUCUGAAUCAUUAAUUAUACAUAGCAUUUUCAACUAUUUCCCUCUGCCUAUACAUUCUCUUCCUCAUUAUCUAAUCAUUACUUUUCACUUCAAACAGCUUUGAGUCUUCUCUGCCUUGGGGCUCAUUGGAAAGACGAUUGUCAAUUAUGAGAGUGCUGGUAAAGUUCAUCUUAGCCUGUUGCUUUGUUUGGGAUAAACAGGGUAAGAUUCGAGGACCUGUAAAUUUGGUUUGUUUUAUUCUAUGCUCAUUCCUCGUCUAUCACAGAUACAUGAAAGCUAUAGUUUUUAAACAAUCAGUAUACUAUGCAAUGAUGAUUUAUGAAGUGCAGCAGAUGUGGUUGUUCCUGUGCAUAUCAGUCCAUAUAUUAGGAGACUAAAAGCUGAAUAUAGUGGGUUUCGGGCUACUAAUGAUUUCUGGCUUUAUUUUCGGAAUGAUCUUUAUCAUUUUGACAAAGAGGAGGACUGAACUAAUGCUUAGAAAGGAUAUCUCUUAAUUCAAGCAUGUUUAUGAGAUUGAAAUUUAUCUUUUCAGAAUUUAUGAAUUGAUCAGGAAUAAUACCACAAAUGAUCAUUUCAUUUUGCAUGGAAUACUUUGUAACCACAUGUAAAGCUGUACCAAUGAAAAAUGUCCCUGUAUUAACAUUAUGGAAAUCUAGGAUAAUGUAAAGGUUAAUUAAGCAGAUGGCCGAGAACCUAUUAUGUAGCAAUUUGACAAUGAUAUCAAUGAUGCCAACUUAGACAAGAUAGCAAAUUAAGGCCAACGAAGAAAAUUGAAUGACCAAUCGACGAAAAGUUUUAAUACCAUGGGAGGUUCAGGAAGAGUAAUCGGAACUUAAAAUAGAUUGACUAUCAAUGGUAUUAGCAUGAAUGCAAGGACUCGAAGGAAUAUUAAGGUGCAAAGUCAAGGAGCCUGGAACGAUAAAAAGCCCUAGGAAAAAGCACUAUCAGAGAGAAAGAAGAAAAAGCAAGAGAUCUAGUGGUACAGGUUCCUAGGGAUUCUAAUAGAGUAUGCAAUUGAGAAGUUUCCCAAGAAUCUGGAGCUUAAAAUUAUCAAUGCUCUGAUCCAGAACAAGAAAAUCAAGAAUGAAUUCAAGGCAAUAUUUGAGCUAAUGAACUGUGAGCUGUGCAAUCCUAACUUCUAAGAUCAGUUUGUUAUUUUUAGAAGGAAAAUUCAGAUAGAGCUGCUUCUAAAGAAGAAUCACUAGAAAAAUAUCUUGGAAAUUGGAAGAAUUGACAUUGUGCAGAUAUUUAAAUAUGAAAAAUACUUUCAGCAAUACUCUCUACUUGAGUAUAAGACUGCCUAUGCUGCUUUAUUGUUUUGGCGAGAACUACUGUAAAAGAAUGUAGACUCUAAUGUCUUAUAGGAGAGAGGAGCUGAGAUAUCUGAAAACUAUUAGAAAAUUUAAGAAUUAGCCAACAAGUUGAUUUAGAUAUAUCCUUUAGAGAUAAAGUUUUACUUCAGAUAUGGCACAUUUCUAUAUCAAAUUAUCAAUAAUGCGUAUGAUGCCUUAACCUAUUUUGAGAAAAUUUACUACACUUAUCAUGGAAAGAUGAGUAAAAAAGCUAUACCAGUUAAUGAAAUGUCAAUAUUUGGAGAAAAUUCCAAUUGUGCAAUAAUUAUGAUCAGUGCUACUUCAAGGAAAACAGGCAAUAUAAUACAUGUUAACGAUGAAGUCGAGACUAUACUAGGCUACAAAAAAUAAGAACUAAUGCAUAAAAAUGUAAGCAUAAUGAUGCCCAAGCCAAUUGCAAAAAUUCAUGAUAAGUUUAUUGAUAGAUAUUUUGAUACAGCCUAGCCCACAGUCAUUGAUAUUAAAAGACAGCUAUUUGGAUGCACUAAUACUGGAUAUUUAAGAACAAUAAGACUUUUAGUUAAGGUUUAUCCUCAUUUAUCUAGUAGAUUAGUCUUUGUGGGUUUUAUCUAGCAUAUGGAUAAAUUUGAGGACAUGGCUUAGCCCAAAUUAGAAUAUCAACAUGCUGAUUUUCAAUACUUAAUAACUGAUACAGAUCAGAAUAUAACAAAUGUGACAGAGGGGCUUAAUCUUGAACUUGGGCUGAAUUCUAAAUUCUUUUAAUAUUCUGACUCUAUUUUCGAAAUACUUUUUAACUUUCAAAAGAUAUGUCCAGAAAUCACAUAAGAAGAAGUAUAAGAGGCUCUUGAAGAAGAGGGACUUAUUCUUACUAUUGAUACAAAAAACAUGCUAAAUCAUAUAGAACUAGAGUCGUUAUCAUCAGAUGAAAUCUUGGAAAUUAGGUCUAAACUAGGGAGAUAUGAAUGCUAUGUAUAAAUGAAGUCUUUAGUUUUAGAUAAAUCAUUUUGCACAGUCCACAUCUAUAGGAUAUGCAUUCUGAACAAAGUGAAUGAAUCUUAAAUAUUUAGCAGUUUUGUGAAAGCAAUGGUCAGCAGAUUAGAUGAGGAUCCAACUGAUUUUGGCUAGAUUUCAGUGAUGCAGGGCACUGCUUCCGCUGAAUUAGAAGAGUUAAUAAAUUAACCCUCUUAAUUAUCACUUAGCAGCACAACUUCAGGAACUUACGGGUUUAAUAAAAUUAUCAAGGAUUUCAAAAAGGCAUUGGGUGAGAGAAAAACACCGAGAAAUCUGAUAUACUUAAAUCGAUUGAUGGUCCUCUUCUUGACUCUCAAUAUGAUACUAAGUGGAGUCGACUUUGGAUUGAAGCAAAGCAACAUUGAAAACUAUGAUUGCAAUAAUCAAUAAGUUCUAGCGAUUCAAAAUCGUAUUUUAGCCUAUAUACACAUGGUCUCUAAUUUCAGGUCAUUGAUAAAUAUUGCCAAUGGAGUUGAAUUCGAUUACUAUGAUAUAAGACUUACUAAUUCGGCAAAUGACUGGCUUAUGACAUCUAAUCAGACUCUGGAUAGGUUUAAAUAUUUAUAGAGAACAAUCCUUCAUAACUCUGAAAAGCUGCAGACAAUACAUGAGUUUAUAACCCAGUAGAGAUUUUCUAAGGACUCAUAGUUAGACAUAUCGAAUUUGAUUAGGGAAAAGGAGAAUGAGCAGAUAUAACUUAAUAGAAUACAAAAUAGCAUGAAUAUCAGUUAAUAUAAGCUAGAGUUCAGAGUAGCAUUCAAUUUAUAUCUGAACUAUAUACAGGACAUCAUUGAAAUCAAUAACAAGACAGGGAUGAAAAUACCUACUGAACUACUUAAAGCAUUGCCUAAAAAUUCCCCUAACAUGAAUAAAACAAACAUAAGCAUCAAUGACGAGUAAAAAAUAAUCUACUUCUUAUUGUCGAAUGGGUUCAGAGACUUAAGAUUGUUUACCUACGACUUGGUAUAAUACUACUAGAACCAUACAAAUACAGAUCAAAGUGGAAAGCAGUCCAUGUCUAUAAUGGUGGUUGGCAUUAUAACUUCUCUAGUUUGUACUUUCAUACUCAUCUACUAGGUAGUCAUAAUAGAGAGAAAUAAAGUCAGCAUACUUUCCCUCUAUGGUCUACUUUAGAUAGAUGAGAUUACAGAAGUUCAUGGAAAAUGCGAUGAAUUCUUAGAAUAUCUUCCAUAUAGCCAUAUCAAGCCAAAAAAUAAUGAGAAUAAUCAAUCAAUAAUGAUAAGUUAGCAAAUUCCCAACAGUUUUACAAAAACUGGAAAUUACAAUGCAUCAACCACUUUUAAUGCAACUUAAGGUUUUAUUAAUGGUAGAGUAGAAUCAUAAAUAUCAGAGGAGGAAAAGGAAGCAGAAGUCUAUAGGUAGUUUAUAAUGAAAAAAAGAAAUACUAAAAAAUUCAAAGCAUAGUCUCGAGUUAAUUAACUUCUUAAAGAAUAAACACCCACUGAAGAAAAGUAAAAAGCAAUAAUAAGAAAGACCUUAGAAUAAGUAAAAGAAAUUUAAGAUGCGGAGCAGUUACAAUAUGAAUUGCUGAGAAAAAAAAGACAGAAAGAUAUGAGAAACAGAGGAAAAGUAGUGAAGAAAUCGAGUCGAAAAUCUUUAUCCACUCUUAAUGCUAAAGGUGAUUAACCCAAAGCACAAGAUAAAAACCAUAAUUUAAGUGCAACUAAGCAAAGAGUAGACUUUAAAGUACCCAAAAAAAGAGAUAUCAUCGUAGAUGAUACAGAUUCAAAUGAAGGAGCAGAUAAAGUUAACAAUAAUGAUAUUAAUUUAGAGAUGAAAGAUUCCAACAAAUUCACUGCAGAUGAGUUGCAGGAGAGAACGAAAUCCUUCCAAAAGUAGAUCAAGAAUGUUGGUUAUUUUAAGUAACUUAGAAGAUUGGGCUUUGGCUUGACAUUUAUCGCCUACUUUAUCUACAUCUAAACAUUCUAAGUUUACUACUAAAAGUAACUAUCAACAAUGAUUUCUUCAGUUUCCAUAUUUUUCAAUCGCUACUCUAAUCUAAUGCUAUCAUUCAAUAUUCAAAGAGAGCAAAUGCUUAAUAUGCAGCUAAGUCCUACUCAGAACUUAUCAACUAUCGACAGUUUACUUGCAUUUGAGAAAUCAAGAAUUGAAGAUAUCUUCCAUAGCUUAGCAAUGAAUGACUAGAAUAAGGUUAAUGAUCUCAAGGUUUCAUAUCCUAAUGUGCUUGAAUAAAUUGUAUCAUUAAUAAAGGAUACUGACUCAACAGAAUUUUGCAAUUAAACAAAGGCAUAUGCCUUGAGUGAAGGAUACACUAUUGAUGAUUUAUAUCAAGCUAGAUUAGAAAUUAAUGGCUAUUGUGCAGCAUUUUAAGAGGGAUUAUUGUCUAAAGGUAUACAGUAAGUCAUUGGAACUUUUAACAAAAAGUUUACAGAUCAAUAGAUAUUGCUAGAGUAGUAUUCAAAUUCUCAGACCUCGUCCAAAGUUAUUUCAGAUUAUCUAAAAGCAAUACUUAAGGGGCAAACAAGUCAGAAUGAUUAGGUAUUCAAGCAGUAUUUUUAAGUUUAAGAGUUGUAUUUUUAUGACAUCAUUGAGGAAAUGACGAAAAUUUGGCAAACUGCAUUUUAAACACAAAAGAGUUCUAUAGUAACUAUAACACAGGUAGUUUUCUUUAUAUUCUUGACCUUGCUUUUGAUCUUGUUAUUCUUUGUUAGAGGAACUAUGAUUUAAUCCAUGAAAAAUAAGGUCUUUCUUUCAAGGGGUAUUUUGAAUUUGAUACCAGAAAAUUUCUUCGAUAAAAACAAGGAGAGUGUCGAAAAACUUAUUAAAAAGCUUAAGAAUUGA